AUGUCUCAAAUAACUCGUGAUUCUUCCAAGGAUGAUGGACGAAUAGAUUGCCAUACUCAGAUUUCUCCUGAGUAUCAAUUUGAAAAACCAGCCAUUGAUUGUUUGCUAGAUUACAUAUGGACUCAAGAAGCUAGAAGACCAGCAAUCGAUACAUUGAUACAAGAAUAUCUAGAAACAGUGGGUAGUCCAGUACCGUAUUUUCAUGCACCAGGGUAUUCAGCACCUAUGAUGGCCAUUGAAUCAAUCAAUAAUAAUACGAAUGCAUAUAGUCAACAAAUACAAACUCCGAGUCGACCUAUUCAACACUUGGAAUCAGCUCCUUCGUUCUAUUAUACACCACCAACAAGUUCCGUUAAUGAUUCAAAUGGUUGCUUUAAUAAUCAUUAUGAAUUUCAACAUACUGCUUCAACACCCUUACUUCGACCCAGUUCCAGUCGGUCGUAUCGUUCGUCAUCGAUAACAACUGAUAGUAUUGGAAAUACACCGUCGAGUCGAAUAUCAAUUUCAUCUAACCAAGAUAUUUCAAUGGUUGAUCGAUUUAUUAAUGAGUAUAAUAGUAAAGAUAGUCGUUUGAAGCGAGCUGCUGCUCAAGAACGUCGACAAGCAACUCGACAUUUUGGAAAAGUUCAGCCGGGUUUGAUAUGGACAUCAAAUCUACCAGUUCGACCACGAAGUUUUUCUAUGAGGCCACCAUCAUUGUCUUGCAAGGUGUUUCUCGGUGGUAUUCCACAUGAUCUCAAUCCAAGAGACUUACAGGAACGUUUAGAACAUUUUGGACCAGUCCGACUCGAAUGGCCAAAUAUGGAUCAUAUGUCUAUUCAAAGGAAUUCAGCAAAUAUUGUGACUGGUUUUGUUUAUGCAAUUUAUGAAAAUGAAGAAUCAGUUCGUCAAAUUUUGCAUACAUGUUCAACUAAAACUGACCGGUCAUUAGACGAUGGUCGUUGUGAAUAUUAUCUUGAAGUUUUUAGUCAACGAACAACAUCCCGGAGAAAAAGUAUUCAAAUUAUUCCUUGGUUUGUGGAAGAUUCGCAAUGGUUAGCAGAAACUGAUUUUCCAUCGAAUGGAUAUGGAAGUUGGGAGCAAAGACUUAAUUCUACUGAAUGUAUUAAUCGAACAGUAUUUGUCGGUGCUCUACAUGGAAUGGUGACUGCUUAUGCAUUGGCUCGAAUAUUUCAAGAAUUGUUUGGAGAUGUAGAAUACGCAGCUAUUGAUACUGAUAGAAAUAAAUAUCCUAUUGGGUCUGGACGUGUUGUUUUUGUCAAUGCACACAGCUAUUAUGCAGCUGUUACUGCGAAUUAUUUAAUGAUUGAAUGUGAUAAAUUUUGUAAAGUGAUACAAAUCGAUCCGUAUCUAUCAGAUAGUGUAACUUGUGCAGGUGCUAAUGGGCAAUGGUGUCAAAAUAUGGGACAAUUUUUUUGUCGCUCACUUAAAUGUAUGAAAUAUUAUUGUGCAACAUGUUGGGAUUUGAAUCCGAAUCAUGCAAUAACACAAAAUGGUAUUAAUAAUAGUGUUGAUGGUGAACCACCGGCUUUGAUUCAUAAACCAUUAAUGCGAAAUUCUCGAACUCCAUAA